UCGGCUCCGGGCCGCCCCUCCGGCACUGCGGGAGGGUCUGUGGAGGAAGGGAGCCGGGUCCGGCGGGGCGGGCGCGGGGUGCAGCAGCCGCUCCGCCGGCGGGACCCGAGCCGCAGCUCAGAGCGGGGGGUGGCCGCCAACGGUGCAGCGAGGCCGGCGGGGAGGCUCUUACGUGAAGCACGGCGGGCGCCCAGCCCUCCCCGCUGCGCUUGUCCCAGCCCGGUGCCCCUCCCUGUGAUCGGGGGGAGCUGUGUGUUUGCUGUCCGCCUUAAGCAGCUCAAGGAGUGGCUUAAAACCAUAUGGACAAGCCUGGGAAAGAAUUUAAUCCCUGUUGCAGAAGCCGGGGGCUCUGCCGAGGGAGCCGGCUGCUCUGUUUGAUCUGAGCUGGUUGGUCCCGGGUGGUUGGCGGGCUGUGUGGGAGGCCUGCGGAGACGUGCUCGCACAGCGCUGUGCGUGUGGGUCUGUGUUUCAGACAAUCAAACACGAGAAACAGCUCCACAGAGCUCCCUCCAGCCUUCAACACCCUUCCUGGUCUGGGUUCAAGUUCAUGUUUCGUUUUAUCUCAGCGGGCCACAAGCCUAAAAAGAAAAAUGCUUUAAUGUGUUAUUUCCACCCUUUUUUCCUUAUUUUGGAAAGCAAAAUCCUCUGUGUGACUGGAGCCAGCCCUCUGCAGUGGAGGCUGGAGGCCAAGAGGCUCUGCAGGCUGGGUGCUGGGUGUGCAGGUGGGAUGGCCUGUGAAUGAAUGAGCUUUCCUCCGUGUGCAUGUGUAAGAGAGGAAAAGAAAAAUUCCAUCUCGGGGGGGAGAAGAGAGGUUUCUCUUGGAGGUAGCUGUCAAGAACAACAGAGGUGGGAGGAAGGCCAUUGUUUCACCCUGCCCUAAAUGUUGUUAGGCUGUGUGGAACCCAGCAGGCAGCACGGAGUUUGUGACCUGUGGAACAAGUGCGCCCCUUAAAUGUACUUUCUUUCUGUCUUAUAAUAAACCCACAUGACAUGACCACAGCCUCUUCUAAAGGGUUCUCCUGCACUGAGGUGUCUCCAAAGUCCCCAGUGUUCAGUCUCUGGCGGUGCAGAGCAGUCACUGUGCUUGUGGCGCAGGCUGGGGAGCCCCGUGGGUGAGGUGGGGAUGUCUCUGACGUGAGAGAUUCAAACAGCUCUCUAACUACUACUCUUGGGGUUGACGCAAGGGAUCUGCAACAGUCAGUGAGGGUGAGUGGCCUGGAUCCAGCAAAGCUUGUAAGUUCUGGGAUGAUAAACGACACGUGUUUCUGCUAGUUGUUAUUACUGGCCUACACUAUAAUCAGUUCCAUGCAGCUUUGUGGCUUCAUCUUAGAGUUGUUCUCUUCCCAUUGCUCUCUUGGGAACUUACUGGAUCAUGUUUUGCUCUUUGCUAAACAGAUCAAGUUUUUUCUACUUGAACCCCUGCCUCUAGUGAAAACUGCCCUGGAAAACAGAACUUUUCUCCUACGAAUGACAAAUGUAUCACAUUCUAAGGUGAUAUUGGGUUAUGCUCUGAGGAUUUUAUAACUCGUGUGUUGUGAAUUCUCUGUGGCACCAGACGGUUAAGUGUCACGUAAGAAGAACUUGAUGUUUUAGAGAGACACAUGUUAACAGAGGGAAAAUAGCAGCAGUGAGGGGAGGGCAAAGGACAGCUGUAGCAGCAGAAUGUGCGUGUUUGAGCUCGGUGACUGCGUUGCCUUUGCUGUGGUAUGGGCUGCAGUGUCCUGCAAAGGCUGUAUGGACACGAGCAGGAGCAGAGGUACCCAGCAUCGGAAGGGGGUGGUCCCCUCGAGGCAGUUCUCCCUGCCGGCCUGUGCUGCGACUUUAUAUUGAGAAAGAGUUAUGAGCUGCAGAUGACCCAGCCUAAUGAUAAGCUUGUGUGCAGGGUGUGAGUGUAUUUGGAAAGGAAAAUCUCUUCAUUUGCGGGAAAUCUUAUGUGUUAUUUUCUCUUGGCUGGUCCCUGAUGUAAAUGGAACUGCAGAAAAGGGAAAAAUGAUCCAAUAAUGUCUCUGUGUUGCAGCAGGUGACUGCCUGGCGAGUUUGCUGCAGUGCUGUGCAUGGGAUCAAAACUGAACAGUCUGCUUGUGGAAGGAGCUGUGAAGGGAAUGUUGCAUCUUAUUCAGAGCAAAACUUGGAAGCUGUUUUGUCAAUAUUAAUUGCAGCUUGGGGCUUCAACAGUUUUUGGCUGACAGGGAGGAGACCUGUAAGGGGCUUAAAACAAACAAACACAAGAGCCAGACCAGCUAAAUCCUGGGUUUGGGUUCCUAAAAUGGCCAGUCAGAAUCUGAAUUAAUCAUUCUGUGAAAGGUAUAAACAUACUGAACAUAAAAUCUAAGUUAUGAUUUAUUGCUAGAAAUUUUUCAGGAAGAACUGGUGCCUGGUGAGAUUACAGAUGCCAGGGUUUGGUAUUUUAUGGGUGGAAAAUGAGUUAAACCUUCCAUCACACUGAUAAGUAAGUGGUUUCUGUCACCAGUCUUCAUACACCUGACUGUAUGUGGCUCUCUGUGCUUGUCAGGCAGCUCCAGCUGACUGGUAAUGAUAGUUUGUCUCUUGGAUGUAGCUGUGGCUUGGCGUGAACUGCUCGCUGCACAAGUUUCACUGGUUUGAUUGAGAUCAGAUCUGUAAAUCUGCUCUGUAGCUUCAAGGAGAAGAGGAAAGUCAGUCCACUGUGAAGGUGAGUAGAGCUGUGUCUGUCCUGAGCACAGCAUUGUUGCUGUGGGACAGGAAAGGGUGUUUGUUCCUCCUUGGCUUUGAUCAGGGACUCCUGCUAGCUCGUCUGGUUGCUGGGGGUAAUAGCCUUUAAAGGUUGGGAGUGAUGGAAGCACUCACACCAGCAAAUGGAGUGGUGUGAGAUGCAGACCCUGGCCGUACUGCAGCGCUCUUGGGCUGUGUGGGUUCAGUUUGGGUCUUACAUGUGGUUUCUAGUUAUUUCCUUUCCUGUGAAGUCUUUCUCCCAUGUUUUCUCACGAUGAGGCCUCCCAUCCCCAUGUAGCUGUGAGACCUGGUGCACGCAGCAUGUGUUCAUAAUGCAGCAGCACAAGAUCCUGUCACUGCUUAUUUCCUUGCAAGGUGCCUCGACGGGUUAAACUUCCCAGUGAAUUAUUUUGUGUCCUCUGUCAGCAGGAGACAAAAUGCUGGCUGCUAGAGGACAGCGAAACCAUCUGAAAUGCACACUAUCAUUUUCUGCUUGUCUUCAAUUAAACUGAUUACCAGACUUCUUUGUUGUUCAGAGCUCAGACCAUUUCACAUGCUGCCAGCAUGUACUUUGCAAGUGCCAGCGAUGGGAUUUCCUGCAUUGUUUGAGUCUUUGCCAUUGACCUUUGUGGUCAUUGUUCUGGCACUGCCUCUGCUCUGGCAGGGGUGCAAAGGGCAUUAUUCAAACCCUGAAAGAAGACAUAAAGAAUUGCUUUAAAGGCAUUGAGGGCUCUUUGUAAUCUGUGGCUCUGAGGGUCAUUGCUGCGAAAGAAGGGGAAUUGCUGGGGCUGUCAGGAUAAUUACCACUUUUUUUAUUGUUCUCAUCCCAGUCUAGAUGACAGUGGUGUCAUUUAUAUUGAGUCAUAAAAAUAGACCUUCCAUACAGCGUUAGGAUGGUGUCCCUUUUGGACUAAGUGGGGAGAAGCCCAGCUUUGGGUCUUCUUGGGGAGUUGCAUAGGAGCUGGAAGCACUCAGCUGUGCUCUGGAGGAUCCCUGGCUCUGUCCUGGGAGGCUGGAGAGGCCGGUGGGUUGUGCUGGAGCCCUGCUGCAGCCUGUGCCAUGGGCAUUGGUCACCACAGCGUUCAAGAAGAUCCACCUCUGCCUGCUUCUGGAGACGGGCACGCCAGAGGUACAGGAGCCAUCUGCCUCAUGGCAGGGGAGGUCACUAACCAUUCCUGCCGCCAUCCCCCAUCGCUGUGGCGGUGGUUGCUCUGCUCUGGUAAAUCAUUUGCUCAGCCUGUGCCUGCAGCCUUGUACCUUGAACCUGCUGCAGGUCUGGUGCUUGGCUCGCCAGCAUGGUGGCCAGGUCAGGGGAAGGCUGAAUGCAUGACUGUUCCUUCCCCUUUCCAUCUGGAGCCUUCCUACCCCUGUCAGGUGCCUGCAGCUGGUCUGGAAACAGCCAGCCUCCUGAAGGUGCCUCUCGUGUGGCUGGUAGACUGAUGUGAAGGGCAGAUGAGGUCUUUAGAGUAAGAUCUUUGGAAUAAGAUACAGCUUCUACAUUAUUGAUUUGGUUGCAUUUGCAUGGUACUGUGCUGCUUGAAUUAAAUUGUCUGGAGCAAGAUCUUGUACUCGAUGUGCUGUUGUAGAACAAAUGUCAGGGUGCUCAGCUUGGAGUAAGUGCUCUGUGACUCCAGCCUUUUAAGUCCAGCAGGCACUUGAGGUUAGCCGUGGGACUGACAGCAGCAUGCCAGGCUGUCCUGCUCGCCUCAAGCACUCAACUUCUGCCUUGCUGCAGGUCUGUCCCCACUGGGAUUUGUACCCAGAAGAGAAGAAGCCUCUGCAGCUUUUCCCUGUGCUGGGACAGGGACAACCCCGGGAGGUGAGACCCCCCCCAGUGGAGCCGCAGCUGCCUGGAGGAACCUGGCCUCCCAAGGGUGCCUCUCAUCUUGUGUUUCUUUGAACCCGUAAAUGAGGUUGGGCAUGAAACAUGAGAUGUAACAAGCCCCGUUGUUGUUGGAGUUGAAAGCUCAGGCUCUCUGCGCUGUGUCGGUGCUGAGUUUAAGCUAUUUUUCUGCUGGGGAAGUAAAUUGCUCCAGUGGACAAUCCAGGCACAUGACUGCUGGGGCAGUCAUGGAAAAUUGGCUCAGUUGUCGUGUUUAUUUGCUCUGAUAUAACUUUUUAUGACACUGCCAUGCAGCUUUUUCCAGGCUACUGGAAUGUGUUAUUCUGUAUUUCUUCACUUCCGCUAUUUUUUUAAAGAAGCACUAUCAGGGAAACUGUAUAUAACAUCCAUUUGCAUUGUUCUUGUGGGUGAUGAGUUACAGACUUCUGUAAACGACUAGGGCUUCCCCCCCCCCACACACCCUGGGAAUCUUGUAGCUCAAGAUUAUGAUUUAUAGCAGGGAAAAUUAAAAUAGCAGUUUUUAGCUCUUCUUCCAUUCUGAUGAAAUCAAAUUUACCUGAUUUUAGUCUCAACUUGCACCUCCUUUUUCGUCCAGGGAGGGAGGAAAAUCGCUCUCUUGCCUUCUGCAGGGCUGGGUUGCUAAACUUAUCAAGUGGUUUCUCUUCUGAGAAGGUGUUGAAUAGCUUUGGUUUGUUCCUAUACAGAAUAUGCUGGUGUUUGUUUCCCUCCCUGUCUCCUGGGGAAGCUCAAGUGCUCAUUACAGUAGGGGACAGCCUUAUGUUGGGGUAUAAAGGUCAUGAGUGUUUGCUUUCACCUCUCCAGCUGGGAGUCAGACAGACAUACACAGGAGUUAGCAAGAAGUCUUUGCAGCAAAAGAAGCUUUUGGUGUGUUUUUCUUGAGGAAGACCUACAGACCAGUCAGUCCUUUCUGCUUAGAGGCUGUAACCUUCUUUGUCCGGGUCUAGCAGAGCUGAUUUCCUCCUCUGAAGAAGAAAUUGUGCCCUUCCUGCAUUCCACAGUCUCUCUCCAUUGCUCUGUUUGGGAGACCUCCAGUACCAACGGCAUUUUAUAUCCAGCUCUGCAACAAUACACUGAUUUGCUCACCUCCCGUUGAAUAUUUCCAGUGUGAAUAUCAGGUAAAGGGAGUGAAGCGUGUCUGAAUACCUAUGAAUGAGCUGUGAUGGAUAACAAAGACUCGGAAGCUGAGAUCCACCCUCUGAAGACCGAGGAUGUAAAAGUUCAAGAGAAUCAUGAAAACUCUAUGGAGAGAAGAAUAGUGAACAAGCAGUCAUCGCAGCUGUCCAGGCUGUCCCGGUGGCGCACUGCCGCCUUCUUCAUCUCAUUAUUUCUGUGUCUCAUAAUUGUUUUUGCUUUCUCCUUUAUCAUUCCGUGCCCAGAGAGACCAGUUUCAGAAAGAACAUGGUUCCGAAACUACAACCAUGCAGUGGCCUACCAGUUUCUUGCCAUACAAGAUGUGAAUAAAGACAAAGUGCAAGAUGUCAUCUUUGUGUUCAAAGCUAGCAAUGGCAGCAGCAGCUUCAACAGAUCCUGUCUGGAUGAAGGUCUGCCUUCUCCAUGUGCCUUCAUUGCUGCUGUGUCUGGCACCAACGGGAGAGUGCUCUGGGAGAGGCCUGCUGCCGAGGAAGUGGAGUGGAUGGAGUGUGGCAUCAAGGAGCUCGGAGGGGCUGAGGCCCCGGGUUGCCUGGUGGUGGGGAAGCCGGUAUCUCUCACAGCAGUUGACCUGUACACAGGAGAAAUUCAGUGGAGACAUUCCAGUGAUUUUGGAGCUAAUUAUACUGUGCUGACUCCCGUGUCAGUGAUUCCAGAUGUGGAUAGUGAUGGAGUUCAGGACCUGAUAAUCUUUAUUGCUACAGGAGAUAAGAUUAAGACCUUCAUCCAUUCAGGAAAAAGUGGCAAACAGAUCGGCUCCACUGGAAGCCUGGCAGUGGAUGGGAAACCUCGUUAUAUCAGGCUGAACCUGGACUCCUCCUCCUCCUACUUUCUUUUCUAUACAGAAAACUCUCUCUAUGCGUAUUCCCUGAAAGAUCUCUCCAGUGCAGCAACUGGAAUGGAAAUUAAGCUUCCCAGCCUUCAGCAAGAUCCUCAGUGGGAGAAGAACAUUGACCACACUACGCACCGCUUGUCCCUUCUCAGCUUUGGGGACAUCCGUUACCUGGCAAAAAUUCCUGGGCGGUCACGGGAGAACAUCCUGGUUGUAAACUCGGACAUGGCUACGCUGAUCAAUGCACACAAUCUGCAGACUUUGUGGACCCUCAACGUGUCCCGUGUUGUGAGUGAGCCGCUGCUUGGUUACUACAAACCUGAUGUUCUUGGUAUUGUCCUUGAGAGUGAAAUCGGACCCAACAGGAAGAAGGUUAUGGUUGUUGAGAGUGGAUCUGGAACAGUCCAGUGGAGCCUGAAGCUAAACUCGAGAGCAGAGAGCCCUGGGCCAGCCACACUUUCUACUGCUGAUCACCGGUCCACCUUCCUCAUCUGGGGUGAAUACCAGGUGCCAGGAAAUGAAACGAGAUCCAGAGCUCCUCUCCAGAAGCUCUAUCUUUUCCAUCCCUCCUACACUAAUGUCUUGUUGGAGCUACGCAAUAGCACAGACCAAAUAAUAGCAUUUGAUGCCCUGCUGUUCGAGCGGAGCCGUCAUGCCUGCUACGUGCUGCUGCAGGGCCCUCAGCCCAGCGAGGAGCCAGGGACGGUGUCCCUGAUGAAGCGUAAACUGAAGGAGGAUGUGUCUGGGAGCAGGGUGAUCUGGCUGAGCCAGGUGGCUGUGGACAGCGAGCAGUACAUCCGGGACCGCCUCUACAGGAUGCGAUUCCACAGCCGAGUGUGAGCUGGCCGAGGGAUGGGGAGAGGCUGCCCAGGGCUGGGCGUCUCUGAGCUGCCUCUCCUCUGCAGCCGUGCUCUUGGCAAACCCAGAUCACGGAUGCAAAUGGGAAGCUGCCUUUCUUGAUCCGCAAACCAAAGCGUGGCUGGUGGGAAAGCACCCCCAGUGUCUGGGGAUGCCCAGGCCAUGGGGGCAGCUGCCAGUGCAUCUGUCCUCAGAGCUGAUGGGACUUCAGUGCUUGGCCGCCACUGAAGUGUUGUCAGCUCAGGGAAGAGGGCUUUCCCUUCGAUCCUUCUGUGCCCGCAGAACUGUGCUGACUCAGCCUGUGUCUGGAGGAAAGCAUGUGCUUGCUGGGGAUGUCGGAGUUGGUUAUUUCUUGGGUGCUUGCGUGAGAAGUGGAGCUUCGGUGUGUGGUGUUAGGUGUCCUUUCUGAGUCAGCUCUCCUGGGGUGGGAGAGGGGCUUGGCUGCAGGUUGAUUUGCAAUCACCCUCUCCUGGAGUUGGGCCCCUGCUUUGGUAGUCAUGGGGUGUGUGUAGUGAUAGACCCCAGCCAUGGCUGAUGAUGUGGCUAGGUGUCACCUAGGCCAGCAAAGAGCGGGUUAAACUGUUAUUCUACUUAGAAAAUGGCCUGUUCUCCUAAGAACAGCCCCAUGUGCCCUACGCUGCAGUCACAAACCUACCUGUGUCUGUCUCCUCUGCUACUUCCUUUCCAGCCGGGCUGUGCAGUGUUGGUGACACAGAAAGGGAGCUGGUCUCCCACCUGAUUUAUGCAUUGAUGUUCUUCCCUGCCCCAAAUCUGAUUAUAAGUGAUGCAGAAACCACCCUUAGCCCAGGCUAGCUGGUCCCUGCUGGUUCAGACACUACCUCUCUUGCUGGUUUUGAGGUGCCAGAGGAGGUGGGACAUUUUUUCAGAGUAGAAUUGCAUGUUAACCUUUCCUGGGAGCUGGGCUUGCCAACUCUGGGGAGCCCUGUACCCCAGUGGCAAUGCCAGCUGCCCUGCAAGUACUCAUUCAGCCUUGCUGCCGCUGAGGAGCCUUCUCCAAGCACUGUCCCCUCUGUCAGGAGGUGGGCAAGCUGUAAAGCUGCAUGGGGAAACAACUCAAGGUCUCUUUGCAGCACAGCUCCAGAGAGAGCUCUGUGCUGCCUCCCUGCCCUUGGAAUUGAGGUGAUGCUGGGUGAGGAUCUUCGGGUGCUGUUCUCUCUGUCCAGCCUGGUAGCCUGAGGGAAUGGGACAGGUUGCUGAGUAAAGGUGACAUCUCCACUGGAGACUUCUGUGGCUCGGUGUCUUUUGCUUUUCCUGGUGGGGUCCAGUGUGGACUGUGGAAACAGCAGCCUGGAAGGAAAGGUUUGAGUUGGCUGCGCAGUCCUGAAAGCUGCAGUCACCACAUCAGUUGCUCUGAGACACGCGCCCUUCAGCUCUCCCAGUCCUGCAGCAAAAUGAGCUGCAGCAUCAGUGGUCUGCCUGGAUGCUCACCUCCUGCUUCCAGCUGGCCUAAAGGGUGCCCUGGCUCCCUCUGCCCCAUGAUCCAUAUCUCAGUCAGUCAAGGGAGCCAUGUGGGAUGAGUGCUGCUGGCCUGUGCAGUCCAGGCUGUGCAGGAAGCUGGGGAUGCUCCCUGGAGAGUACUCACUACCUUCAGACCACCCUGGACUCAAAAUGGUAGGUUUUCACUACUGUUACUCUCUAUCCAGGCUGUUCCCUGAGGGAAACUGGGGGUGCAGGGACGCUCCCCUGCUGUGUGCCCCAGCUUAGGUUGCCUCUUUGCUCAGCAGAGUAAAGACCUGAAGUGCAGCAGCCCCACAGGUCUCUGUGCCAGCAUUGCAGGGUCAUGGGCUGUGCCAGUGCUGCAGAACCCGGGUUGUGAGGGCUGGAUUCAGCCUGUCCUUCAGGGGCAGCACCGGAAGCAUGGCUGUGGGAGUCCCAGGCUUGUGUGCAGUCUGAUUUGAGUGUUGGAUGCGGAUUGUAUCCCACUAAAAUUCCCCUGGCAGGGAGCAAGGUGCUCAGGCUCUAUGCUCACCGCAGUCACAUUGCUGUGGCACUCUCCCUCCUCCCAUCCCUACCCAGACCUGACCUUUCCCAUAGGCACACUGAAUGUUGCUUCAGGAAAGAUGGAUUUUCGGCUUUGGGGGGGCUUUUCUGGCUUUAAGUUGUCCAUUAAUGUUUCCAGAUACUUUGGAAAUGCAGAUUUCCCUGUGGCAGCUCAAAUGCAUCAGUGCCAAACCAGCACCUUGUUAACAAAACAAGUCCUUUUUCCAGCUUUUUUCUCAGUGUAAUUGGUUUGUUUUGCAGUAUUUAAUGAAUGACUUUGUGCCUUGAUUCAAUAACUCAGAUGGGUGAUGAUGGCAUAUAUCACUGUGUUACGUAUUAGUGUGGUUUUUAACACUAAGACUGUUUGGUUUGGUUCUUUAACUUAUUGCGAAUUGUGCCCUAUAGGACUUCGUCUAACUGAAUGGUUUCAAUAAAUCCUCUUUUGCAUUGUUUGUAAA